AAUUGGUAUAAAGGAACAGGCUCAAGAUUGAUCCCCUCCUCACAUUCAAACAUCAUAAUAUUAUGAUGAUAAGUUUCCUGUUUGACCUUAAUUGCAAAUUCAGAAUAUAUGAAAAAAUAAAAUCAAAUAAAUAUUUUCUUCUUUGACCUUGUUUCCGCGUUCUUGCCAAUCUGCUAAUUUUCCAGGAAAAUGGGCAACUGUCAAACUGAUAAGAAAAGCCUGCAGGGCUAGCUCUUUCUAUUUAAGGCGUGCAUGGUGGGGAUGUAGUAGUUAUUGCAAUAGUUCAUAUUUCAAAUUUGCAGAUAAAAUAAACUCCUGAUUAAUCUUUCUUGGAGGUGUUUUAAUGGAGGCUCCAGAGCUUGCGUAUGGGGUCCCAAUUGUCAGCAUUGUGAGGGAUGAUUUCUGUGUCCCUUACCCUGUGGAGUUUGUUGUGAAGAAGAAGAAUCAUGGACUUUUCCAUGUAAAAUAUCAAGUGCUAGAUGUUAAUGGAAAGCUUUACCUCCAGGUUGAUGGUUUUCAAAGAAACAUGCAAAAAAAGAGAAUCAUGAGUGAUGCUGCUGGUUUUCCUUUGCUUACCAUGUCUGAGAAAGUUCUCACACCGAAUCAUCAAUGGAUGGUUCAUCGAGGACAAAGCUCGGAGAGAAAUGAGCUCCUUUUCAGCGUGCAAAGAUCAUACACUUUCCAAAUGAGAUCACGACUUAAUGUCUUCCUGCCAACCAAUAUCAAUGAAGACGUCUCCAAUUUCCAGAUUGUUGAAUGUCACUCUUCUCAAUUUUAUAGGAUUUACAAAGGCGAAACCGUCAUUGCUGAGGUAAACUACAACUUCACAUGGGGAAGCUUUUGUAAAGGGAAAGAAAACUUCAGGGUCAAAAUUCAUCCAGGAGUGGAUUAUGCAUUUGUUAUGGCACUGAUUGUAAUCCUAAACGAGAAUAUUAUUGUGUGUAUUUAACUAUAUAGCUUGCAAAAAACUAGCCAUUAUACUUGUUUUUACCUUUAAGUAAUACAAUCUGUUUUUGAACAAUA